AACUCUUUAACACUGGGAGGGGGAACUUCUUGGGCUUUAAAAGGUGCCCCCGAGUGCGAGCCAAGAUUUGUUGGCAUCAACCACCAAUCUGCCCGAAAUCCCUGGAAGACCCAACAGAGAACCAGCAUGGGGAAGAAGGAGAAUUAUGACCUCUACUCGGUGGAGAUGGAUAGACAAGAAGAUGGAGACAUGGACGUCAAAAUCAAGAAGAAGAACAAAGGCGUACAAAAGAAGGAGAAGCUGGAAAACAUGAAGAAGGAGAUGGACAUUAAUGACCAUGAGCUGACUAUAGAAGAGUUGGAACUCAAAUACCAGACAAGCGUCACCAAGGGUCUCAAGAGUGGUUUUGCGGCUGAGAUACUAACUCGUGAUGGUCCCAACGAGCUGAAGCCCCCGAAGGGCACCCCUGAGUAUGUGAAGUUCGCCCGUCAGUUGGCCGGAGGGCUGCAGUGCCUGAUGUGGGUGGCAGCCGUCAUCUGCCUUAUUGCUUUCGGCAUUCAGUGCUCGCAAGGCGACCUCACCAGUGCGGACAACCUGUAUCUCGCCGUCACCCUCAUCACUGUUGUGGUUGUUACCGGAUGCUUUGGGUAUUACCAAGAAUUUAAGAGCACCAACAUCAUUGCAAGUUUCAAGAACCUGGUCCCGCAGCAAGCCACCGUCAUACGGGAUGGGGAGAAGUUUCAGAUUAAUGCCAACCAGCUGGUAGUCGGAGACUUGGUGGAGAUUAAAGGAGGGGAUCGUGUGCCGGCCGAUAUUAGGAUCACAACAUCACAGGGAUGCAAGGUGGAUAACUCAUCUCUGACAGGAGAGUCCGAACCUCAGACCCGUUCCCCAGAAUAUACCCAUGAAAGCCCAUUGGAAACCAGGAACAUUGCCUUCUUCUCCACUAUGUGUCUCGAAGGUGCCGCUACAGGAAUAAUAAUCAACACAGGAGAUCGUACCAUCAUUGGGCGUAUUGCGAGUUUGGCAUCGGGAGUGGGUAAUGAGAAGACUCCCAUUGCCAUAGAAAUUGAACACUUUGUGGACAUCAUUGCUGGACUCGCCGUCUUCUUUGGGGCAACCUUCUUUGUUGUUGCCAUGGUCAUUGGCUACCCGUUCCUCAGAGCUAUGGUCUUCUUCAUGGCCAUUGUGGUGGCUUAUGUCCCUGAGGGUCUGCUGGCCACUGUCACGGUAUGCCUGUCCCUCACGGCCAAGCGCCUUGCCCGGAAAAACUGUGUCGUCAAGAACCUUGAGGCCGUCGAAACUUUGGGUUCUACUUCUGUAAUUUGCUCCGACAAGACAGGGACAUUGACCCAGAACAGGAUGACUGUGUCCCACUUGUGGUUUGACAACCACAUUCAUUCAGCCGACACCACAGAGGAUCAAUCAGGCCAAAGUUUUGACCAGACGUCAGACACAUGGAGAGCCCUGAGCAAGGUGGUCAGUCUCUGUAAUCGUGCUUCCUUUAAAGGUGGUCAGGAAGGUGUUCCUGUGCCCAAGAGAAUUGUGAUCGGUGAUGCAUCCGAGACGGCGCUGCUGAAGUUCUCCGAGCUGACCGUUGGAAACGUAACAGAAUAUCGGGAGAGGUUCAAGAAGGCUGCAGAAGUCCCUUUUAACUCAACCAACAAGUUUCAGCUAUCAAUUCACGAGCUGCAGGAUCCUUUGGAUCUCCGUUAUCUUCUGGUCAUGAAAGGAGCCCCAGAAAGGAUUUUGGAGAGGUGUUCUACAAUCAUGAUAAAGGGACAGGAGCUGCCUCUAGAUGAGCAAUGGAAGGAAGCUUUCCAGACUGCUUACAUGGACCUUGGUGGCCUGGGAGAAAGAGUCCUGGGUUUUUGUCACCUCUACCUGAACGAGAAGGAAUUCCCUCGUGGCUUUAACUUUGACACGGAAGACAUGAAUUUCCCAACUAGCGGCUUGUGCUUCGCCGGUCUCAUUUCUAUGAUUGACCCACCCCGUGCCACCGUGCCCGAUGCCGUCAUGAAAUGCAGAACCGCAGGAAUCCGGGUAAUCAUGGUCACCGGGGAUCACCCAAUCACCGCUAAGGCCAUUGCAGCCAGUGUGGGCAUCAUCUCCGAGGGAAGUGAGACCGUAGAGGACAUCGCUGCCCGUCUACGAAUCCCUGUGGAACAAGUGAACAGACGAGAUGCCCGCGCCUGCGUGAUUAACGGCGGUCAGCUGAAGGACAUGAGCAGCGAGGAACUAGUAGAGGCUCUGAAGAUGCACCCCGAAAUGGUGUUCGCUCGAACUUCUCCCCAGCAGAAACUCAUCAUUGUGGAGAGCUGCCAAAAAUUGGGAGCCAUCGUGGCAGUAACAGGGGACGGUGUCAACGACUCUCCGGCGUUGAAGAAAGCCGACAUUGGAGUUGCCAUGGGAAUAGCUGGAUCGGACGCAGCCAAGAACGCAGCUGACAUGAUUCUAUUAGAUGAUAACUUUGCUUCCAUAGUCACCGGGGUGGAACAAGGCCGUCUGAUCUUUGAUAACCUGAAGAAGUCCAUCGCGUACACACUGACCAAGAACAUCCCGGAACUGGCCCCGUAUCUCAUCUACAUCACGGCCAGUGUCCCUCUGCCCCUGGGCUGCAUCACCAUCCUGUUCAUUGAGCUGGCCACAGACAUCUUCCCGUCGGUGUCUCUGGCUUACGAGAAAGCAGAGAGUGACAUCAUGCACCUUAAACCAAGAAACCCGCGAAGGGACCGGCUGGUGAAUGAGGCGCUUGCUGUCUAUUCCUACUUUCAGAUUGGUGUGAUUCAGUCAUUUGCUGGAUUCGUGGACUACUUCACCGUGAUGGCCCAGGAAGGCUGGUAUCCUGCGUACUGCCUGGGUCUCCGAGCCCAGUGGGAAAACCAGCACCUACAAGACCUGGAGGACAGUUACGGCCAGGAAUGGACCUUCAGCCAGCGCCUGUACCAACAGUACACCUGCUACACCGUCUUCUUCAUCAGUAUUGAAGUGUGUCAGAUCUCCGACGUGCUGAUCAGGAAAACGCGUCGGCUUUCCACCUUCCAGCAAGGCUUCUUCAGAAACAAAGUUUUGGUUAUAGCCAUCGUCUUCCAAGUGUGCCUGGGCUGCUUCCUCUGCUACUGCCCGGGGAUGCCCAACGUCUUUAAUUUCAUGCCGAUCCGAUUCCAGUGGUGGCUUGUUCCUCUCCCGUUCGGUAUAUUGAUCUUCGUCUACGAUGAAAUCCGUAAGCUUGGAGUUCGCAGACACCCUGGAAGUUGGUGGGACAAGGAGCUGUAUUAUUAAAUAUUCCCCCAAAUCAGACCAUCUGUCAGUUGGCGAUGCAGAGACACUUGGCCUCCCUACACCUCCAGCCUUUACGCGCGGUUUUAGGAUUUUUUUUUUUGAUUGAUUUCGUUAGCGCCAAGACAAUAGUCUUUACAAUCUGAUUUAUAACUAAAAAAGGGGAAAACAAAAGCAAUCAGUGAUCCUCCUGCAUGUAUCUGGAAAGUUGGUUUCAGAGAAGGAACGGCCUGCGAGCUGCUUUGACGAGGCUGCAGAACGGUUCUGGUAUCGAGUCCUCU